CAGCAGAGAAUGGAGUCAGUAUCUGAGAACAUCAACGGGCAUCUCUUCACUACUUCUGAUUUAUUCCGGAUAUCUGGAAAGGGAUGGAAUCUGUGAAAUGAGGCUUCAAAUUGGCUGCUGCAAAAUGUGUUCUCUUCUGAUAUUCAGUUUAUUUGUUUCACUUCUUCAGUCUGAUUUCACCCAAAGAUCUAUCAUCCUGGCGCAAAGAGAACCGAGUUAUGAAAUCCUGAAGCAAUACCAAAAUUUUGAGAUCAAAGUUGUAGCAAAGCCAGGAAAACCCAAGAAGGGCAGUGACAUCACCCUCAGCUGUAUCAUCCCCAGACUCCCAGAUACUGUCAGUCUCCGCUGGAAACCAAGAGACUCAUCUCAGCAGAACAGGAGAAACACUGAUCAAAUCCGGCUGAAUAACACCGUCUAUCUGAUUAUCCGACACGUUACAGUGGAGGAUGAGAAGAUGUAUGAGUGUGAAGUGCGGGUAAACGGAACCAUUGUUAGAACAAGGAAAAGUGAUUUUACUGUAAACACGGGUCCAUAUCGUGAACCUACCAGUUUAUAUCGCUCAGUUACGGAUCACAGUGAAUUCCACCUCAACUGUUACAACAGUAAUGAAGUUUACAACAACGCUAUCUGGAGCUGGACAUCAAUUUUUAAUCAAAGUCUGAAGAAACAAAUUGCAACAGCAUUGAAAUCUCAGCCCGUGAAUGACGUUGACAGCCACUUUGUGAAUCGACUGAAGCUCACAGCGACACCUUUUAACGGCUGGAAUUUCAGUAUGAGGGUUUUUCCUGUGGUGUUUGAGGAUGCAGGAGAGUACACCUGUACACUGGAUCAAAAAUCAUUUCAGACUAUGAAAUUAGUCACAGUUAAAGUCACAGCUGAACUGUCCGAUACAGUGACUGAGGGAGACACCGUUACCCUGAGCUGCUCUGUGUCUUUCGCCACUGCAUCAACGAGACUGGUUUGGAUCAAUGGAGACGGUGAAACUGUUGGAGACAAAACACUGAGUGAUGUAGAGAAAUCACUGAGUCUGAUCAUACAGAAAGCUGACAGAGGCAGAGGGAAAUGGACGUGUGUUGUGUUUGAUCAAGACAGGCUCCGACUUUCACUACCAUAUAGUCUGGAAGUCAAAGGUAAUAACUACACUAAUAAUAUUGCUAUUAUUGGAAGUCUGGUUCUUCUGCUCAUCAUUAUCCUGGGACUGGUGUUGUGUUUGAAGAAGUGCAAGAGAAAAGAUCAGCCACCUGUAACUGAGACCAGUCAUGCUGCUGAAUAUAUGUCUGUCGAUAACAAGUCAAAGCAAGAAGACACAGAGGAAGCUAUUCAUUAUGGGGAUAUAGACUUUAAAAAUGAAACAUCAGGUAGCAGACAUGACAUGCAGGGCAAAUCAACAAUUAAUGUUGGUGAUUCAAAGGAUGGUAAACAUAGUGUCUAUGCAGAAAUAGCACAAGUAACAUGAAUAAACUCAUAAACACAAGAAAUUCUGCACAUGCUGGAAAUCUAAAGCAAUAUAAACAAAAUGCUGGAGGAACUCAGCAGAUUGAGCAGCAUCCAUGGGAAAUGAACAUCAAUAUUUUGGGCCAAGACCCUUCUUCAGGACUGGAAAGGACCCUUCUUCAGGACUGGAAAGGAUAGAUUUCAAUUCCCCAAAGCAAAUAACUAAACAAUUUUAUUUUAUAUUCUGACCAGUUCACCCAUAAGGGCCAGAAUAAAAAGGUAGGAGGAGGGAAAGAAUGCUGGCUGGAAGGUGAUAGAUGAAGCCAGGUGGGUGGGAAAGGUAAAGGACUGGAGAUGGAGGAAUCUGAUAGGAGAGGAGAGUCGAACACAGGAGAAAAGGAAAGAGAAGGGGCACCAAUGGAAAGUGGUAAAAAGGUGAGAUGUUACAGGUGAGAUAGGUGAAUAGAAGGAGUGAGAGGGGGAGGGAUAUUUUUCACCACUCCUCUCUCCUAUCAGAUUCCUUCAUCUCCAGUCCUUUACCUUUCCCACCCACCUGGCCUCACCUAUCACUUUCUAGCUAUCCUCCUUCCCCUCCCUCUACUUCUUUAUUCUGGUGUUUUCCCUCUUCCUUUCCAGUCCUGAAGAAAGGUCUUGGCUUGAAACGCUCAUUGUUCAUUUCCAUAGAUGCUGCCUGAUCUGCUGAGUUCAUCCAACAUUUUGUUUAUGGUGAUAUGAGUGAACUGGUCAGAAUAUAAAAUAAAAUUGUUUAGUUAUUUGCUUUGGGGAAUUGAAAUCUAUCCCUUGGAACUGUUCUAUGACAUGUUUUUCAUGGAAACCUGUACUGAUUUUACAUAAUUCUGCAGUAGGCUUACCAAGCCUCAACUUAUGACAGAUUUCUUGGAAGCAAGAAUUUUUUUUUGUAUUUGAAAAUGUUCUCAUAAUUUCUGAAAAUGCUAUGUAGAAAUGCAACUCCAUUAUGCAAGCUAUAUUGAACAUUAGUGGUAACUUUCCAAUUGACUCAACAAGUUUUUCAGAAUUGUAACAUUUGAUAACUUAAUCUGAGCACAAAAAACACAAGUUGUCAGUUAUAAGGGAGUGCAGUACAUUCUGAGACACCAUGCUAUUUAUUUUGUCCACACUGGAGUGUCAAAAAUGUCAAAUCACCUGCAGAUUAUUCCUCUGACCUGCCUUCAAAGUGGCUCUAAUUGCAAAGUACAAAAAAAAAACAAGGAAAUAGCACUGCUGCCCAAGAAUGAUCAACUAUUUGCACAGUUCAGUGUUGCUGCUACCUAAAAGGCCAGAGCUAUUUUUACAUUUCUAUGGGUACCAACUGAAAAGGGCAACAGACAGAAGCUGAAAGGCAACCAGAUAUUCAAGUGUCAGUCCCUGAAACAAAAAUGGUCACAUAUUGCCACUAAUUAUAUGUAAAUAAAAAAAAAUUCCAUUUUAUUUUUAGGAGAGAAAGCAAUCUCCUUCUUACUUAAAAGAAACAGAGAAAUUAAAGAGGAAAAAUAAAACUUCUAAUGUAUCACAUCGCUAAAUGAAUGAUGCAUUUUCUUUUUUCUUUUACAAGGUAAUAAUUUUGAGUGGUGCUGUCAGUUACUAUGUGAUAUAUGUAAAAUAGAGCACUUAUAAGGGCAAUUUAAAAGGAGAAAAUGUUCAAAGGCUUGACUACAACAGAAUGACUGCUAUAGAAGGACUAAAGAAAAUUAAAGGGAAAUGAGGAAGUAUCAAGCAUCAGGGUUGGUGAUUGGUUUAUUGCUCUCACAUGUACCAAAAUGCAGAAAAAUAUUUUAUUUGUAUGCUGUUCAAUCAGAUUAUUCUAGAUGUACAGAGUACAGUAUAUGUUAAAAAAAAGAUCAGAAUGCAAAGGUUGAUGUGAAUUCAAGAUUUCUCAUCAUUAUUAGAGGUGUGUUUGCUUCUUUUGAUGAGAAUUUACCAAAUGUAAAAUGGUAAAACCAUUAUUAGGUGUGAACAGUAUUUGUUUCUUUAAGGCUCACAGUCCUUUAAGAGGCAUAGGACUGAGUACUCUCUGGGUUGCAACAAAAUGUAUGUAAAAUUUUGAAGGAAUUAAACUUUUAAUAAAUGUA